AUGGAACCAAAUAUUUUUGAACCACGACAUAAUGUAACUAACUAUUCGCCGGGCGCUUGGCGGGCUGUGGGCCAGCGGGGGGCCGGGGGUGGCACGUGGCGAGCUCGGCGCGGCUGCGCGGCCGGGUGCGCUGGGCUCGAGGCCCGGCCGGGCUCGCGGCAUUCCCCCGCCGGGCGCGAUGCGAGCCGACCCGCCCGACGCGCCGGGCGCGCAGGCCGCGCAGGCCGCGCCAGCCGCGCGCCCGGCCCGAGCCGCGCGCUGAGCCCGACAACGCCGCCGGGCCCCUGCGCGCCCAUGGAGCCGCCGUGGGAGCUCGAGCUGGAGCUGCGGCGGCACAUCGAGAACUGCGCCUGCACCUGCGAUCACAUGGGCUACGGGAACUACAUGGACUAUCGCGUGGCGCCCGCGGCGCACGCCUGCCUCUGCCGCGCGAUCACCUCGCCGCACGCCCACGCCGCCGUUCCCGAGGGCAUGACGUUUCCUGGCUCGCUGCCGGACGUAGCGGAGAGGUGCGGCCGUUGGGCGCCGGACUCGUUGUCGGCGUCCGCUUCUGGCAGCUCGGACGAGAAGCCGACGCCGCGGCGGCCGCGUUGGCGCAUCGCCCUGGCGGCGCUGGUGGUGCUCGCCGCGCUCGGCGCCGCCCUCGCCCUGCCCCUGGCAUUGGGCGGCGGCGGGCGUGCCACGCCCGAGCAGCGCCUAGUCACCAUACGACGCAUGUUACGGGACUCCCCUCUAGUGGACGGUCACAACGACCUAGCGUGGAACGUUCGAAAGUUUCUGCACAAUAGAAUCAGUGAUUUCAACCUGUCCGCCGGCCUCGAGGGCCUUGAGCCGUGGGCGCGCUCGCGCUGGUCGCACACGGACAUCCCGCGGCUCAGGCUCGGCCAGGUCGGCGCCCAGUUCUGGUCCGCUUACGUGCCGUGCGGCGCGCGCGACCGUGACGCCGUCCAGCUCGCGCUCGAACAGAUGGACGUUAUCAAACGAAUAGUGGAUAUGAACGCUGCACACCUUGCGUUGGUUACCGACGCCGCGGAGCUAUUGGACGCUCACAGGGAGGGAAGAAUCGCGUCCCUGAUAGGCGUCGAAGGCGGACACGCCCUCGGUGACUCGCUGGCUGUUCUGCGGGCGUUCUAUCAGCUCGGUGCUCGUUAUCUCACAGUGACGCACACGUGCGACAAUAGGUGGGCGCGGGCCGCUGGCACCUCGGGUGGGCUCACUGAGUUCGGUCGUGCUGUCGUCCGCGAAAUGAACCGCCUCGGCAUGAUCGUCGACCUCUCGCACGCUGGCGAGGAGACCGCGCGUGACGUGCUGCAAACGUCGCAGGCGCCCGUGGUGUUCUCACACUCCGGCGCGGCGGCGCUCUGCAACUCGAGCCGGAACGUGCCGGACGAAUUGUUGCGUAUGAUCGCGGCGAACGGCGGCGUCGUGAUGGUGAAUUUUUACGCGAAGCUCGUGGCGUGUGGCGAGCGGGCGACUGUUGACGACGUGGUUGCGCACAUCAACCACGUACGGCGGGUGGCGGGCGUAGAGCACGUGGGCCUUGGGGCAGGCUACGACGGCAUCGACGCGCCGCCGGAGGGCUUGGAAGACGUGUCGCGGUACCCUCACUUGCUCGCCGAGCUGCUGCGCGAUCCCAGCUGGAGUGAGGAGGACGUGCGCAAGCUAGCCGGUAUGAACGUGGUGCGCGUGCUACGCCACGUAGAGCGUGUGCGCGACGAGUGGCGGCGUGCCGCGGUCCUCCCGGGCGAGGAGUCGGCGGGCGCGCGCCGCGGCGACUGCGCCUACGGGCCCGCG